UCCCUCACAUAUCUGGUGGACACAACAGGGUCAAUGUCUGAUGAUUUUCAACAGUUGAAGGUUGUAAAUAGUUGGCUACUGGAGCGUGUGACUGCCAGGUUCCCAUGCGGUGUUCGUCAGUAUACCAUGGUGGAGUUCAAUGAUCCAUCUGUUGGGCCCAUUAGGAUAACCGAAUCAAAGCGGCAAUUUAGUGAUUUCUUCAACAACCUCAUGAUCUAUGGAGGUGGUGAUUGUCCAGAGCUGGCAAUGCAAGGACUUGAACUGGCUUUGCAAAAUUCUCCACCCAAUUCUUUCAUCCUGGUGUUAACAGACGCAUCUGCUAAAGAUUACUGGAAUACAUAUCUGGUCAACAAUAUUUACUCACUAAUCGCAUCCACAAAAUCCCAGGUUUUCUUCCUGAUUACCGGCCUCUGUGGAAGCAUAAGUAAUCCAGAUUUCCUAAUCUACCGAGAUAUUGCUGCAGCCAGUUUUGGACAUGUCUUUCAAGUUUCCCUUUCAGAUCUGAAUAAAGUCUUUAAAUACUUGGACUUCACUCUUUCGAGACCCUCAAACACUUCUGCGCGACUUUUCUCUGGCGAGUAUACUGAAGGCACUAACUCUGGGAACUUUGAGGUUGCAGAUAAUUUUACUGCCCUGAUAAUAACCACAGAUGGGGUGAUCUACUCCAUACAAGUACUGGGGCCUGACUCUGUUGAGCUUCAACUAAAACAGAUUGUUUCAGAAAUUUGGGGCUCAAUGUAUCUGCUGAAAAACCCUGGACAUGGAUUAUGGACUAUACAUAUAUAUGCUGGAAGUCGAUAUUCUUUAAGAGUGGAGGGAUUCACAGCCGUGAAUAUGUCAUCUGGAGGAGAUUGCUCAGAAUGUCAUCCAAAUGCUACCUGUGAUGAAUACGUUGACUUCGUGGAAUGCAAUUGCAAGGAUGGUUUCAUCGGAGAUGGUUUUACCUGUUCUGAUAUAAAUGAAUGCGCCUACUCCUGGUCUAAUAAUUGCUCUUUUGGCAUUUGUCAAAAUACUUUUGGCUCGUACACUUGUCUCUGUCCAAGCGGUUUUUCCUCCAGCUCAGAUGGCGUCUGUAUUGAUAUCGAUGAAUGUGCCAGCCCUUAUCUACACAGUUGCUAUUCAUCUGCGGCAUGUAUUAACUACAAUGGCUUCUAUUCCUGUGUCUGCCCCUAUGGUUAUAUUGGAGAUGGUUACCAUUGUGAAAUGAAUGAAUGCAUCCAUGGAGCUUGUGGCCUAGAAAAUGAGUGCAUCAAAUCACUUGGGUAUUACAGCUGUUCCGAUCCAUGUUCAAACCACACAGUUCUCGAUGAACCCUGGAGAAGUACAUCCAAUGUGUAUAGUUAUCGAUAUAAUUGUGACAAUACCAAAUACGGAUGGUAUCGCUUUAUUGGCAAUGGGGGUGUUCGCAUGCCAGAAAAGUGUUCACCAGAAUCUGGUUGUGGUACAGUGGCCUCAGUGUGGUUGAAUGGCAUACAUCCAAUGCUAAGUGAUGGUAUUGUGAAUCGCACCACUUGUACCAGUUGGGGUGGAUCCUGCUGUUUAUGGUCAUCUACUGUCCAGAUAAAAGCCUGUCCUGGAGGAUAUCAUGUAUAUAAAUUGGAAGGAACCCCAUAUGGAAUUUGUUCUUUGUCCUAUUGCACAGAUCCGUCCACAGCAUCUGAGUCAUGUGCAGCAGAUGAGGAAUUGAAACUAAAGGACGGAACUUACAAUUGUUACUGCAAAGACAAAUAUGAAGUCGCUGAUAUCGCAGACAUACGUCCUGAGCUGACAUGUGAUGUCUUUGACAUGAAGGCCACUUUUCAUAAGUGUCAGCUGAAGAGUCUGAACUUCAGUACCAGCUCCAUUACUCUGAAAGACAGCAGCUGCCUUGGAUUUCAUGAUGAACUGAGCACAAACACAAUAACUAUUAAGGCUCCACUUCAAGCAGGAAGCUGCGGACUUCAGAUAAUAAAAAACUACACCCAUGCAAUUUAUGAAAACACUCUGUAUUUUACGCUGGAAUCUAUGGGAUUAAUCACAAGAGAUCAAGAACUGGUUGCGACAUUAUCGUGCGCGUACCCACUGGACAUGAUCAUCAGUCUGAAUACAGCUGUGAAUCCAAUAUUUAGCUCCACAAAUAUCAGCGUUGGAGGGACUGGACAAUUGACUGCAUACAUGGCUCUUUAUCAAGACAGCAGUUACUUGACUCCGCAUGAAGGGUCCCAAGUUGUACUCUCCUCCAAGUCCAUGCUGUACCUUGGCGUCUUCGUUGUGGGAGGAGACGCUUCUCAGUAUGUUGUCGUAAUGAAGAACUGUUAUGCAACGCCUUCAGCAGAUCCAAAUGAUGCCAUGAAAUAUUACAUCAUCAAAGACAGCUGUCCUAACAAACAAGACUCAACCAUUAGCGUCCCAGAAAAUGGUGUCUCCAGAAAAGGUCGCCUGUCGCUGCAACUGUUUAAAUUUGUUGGCAAUUAUAACUAUGUCUACAUUCACUGUGCUUUGAGCCUGUGUGACGUCACUGCUGGAACCUGUGUCCCUUCAUGCUCUGGAAUUAGGUCCCGCAGUGCAGCAACUGAGCAAAGCUACCAGUUAAAAGUGGGUCCAAUUACUCAAGCAGUACCUCUAGAACUAGAAAAUAGAUCAAGACUUCAAAGAAUCCUGAAAGUUCUAACACUUUGUGUACAGAGCACCUAUGCAGACCAUUGUGUUUCCAUGGCUACAGACUACAAACAAGCCGUUUUAGUAGUCUGA